AGGUUCUUGCAAAGGGGGAAGGGGCCUGUAGAGCUUCAGGGACGCUGCCCCACCGCCCCAAUUUACCCCGGGGAGGCGGCGCCAGGGCGGCCGCGGAGAAACGUGACACACCAGCCCUCUCGGAGGGGUUUCGGACCGAAGGGAAGAAGCUGCGCCGUGUCGUCCGUCUCCCUGCGCGCCGCGGGCACUUCUCCUGGGCUCUCCCCGAACUCUCCCGCGACCUCUGCGCGCCCUCAGGCCGCCUUCCCCGCCCUGGGCUCGGGACAACUUCUGGGGUGGGGUGCAAAGAAAGUUUGCGGCUCCUGCCGCCGGCCUCCCCGCCUCUUGGCCUAGGAGGCUCGCCGCCCGCGCCCGCUCGUUCGGCCUUGCCCGGGACCGCGUCCUGCCCCGAGACCGCCACCAUGAACAAGCUUUACAUCGGCAACCUCAACGAGAGCGUGACCCCCGCGGACUUGGAGAAAGUGUUUGCGGAGCACAAGAUCUCCUACAGCGGCCAGUUCUUGGUCAAAUCCGGCUACGCCUUCGUGGACUGCCCGGACGAGCACUGGGCGAUGAAGGCCAUCGAAACUUUCUCCGGGAAAGUAGAAUUACAAGGAAAACGCUUAGAGAUUGAACAUUCGGUGCCCAAAAAACAAAGGAGCCGGAAAAUUCAAAUCCGAAAUAUUCCACCCCAGCUCCGAUGGGAAGUACUGGACAGCCUGCUGGCUCAGUAUGGUACAGUAGAGAACUGUGAGCAAGUGAACACCGAGAGUGAGACGGCAGUGGUGAAUGUCACCUAUUCCAACCGGGACCAGACCAGGCAAGCCAUCAUGAAGCUGAAUGGCCACCAGUUGGAGAACCAUGCCCUGAAGGUCUCCUACAUCCCCGAUGAGCAGAUAGCACAGGGACCUGAGAAUGGGCGCCGAGGGGGCUUUGGUUCUCGGGGUCAGCCCCGCCAGGGCUCACCUGUGGCAGCGGGGGCCCCAGCCAAGCAGCAGCAAGUGGACAUCCCCCUUCGGCUCCUGGUGCCCACCCAGUAUGUGGGUGCCAUUAUUGGCAAGGAGGGGGCCACCAUCCGCAACAUCACAAAACAGACCCAGUCCAAGAUAGACGUGCAUAGGAAGGAGAACGCAGGUGCAGCUGAAAAAGCCAUCAGUGUGCACUCCACCCCUGAGGGCUGCUCCUCCGCUUGUAAGAUGAUCUUGGAGAUUAUGCAUAAAGAGGCUAAGGACACCAAAACGGCUGACGAGGUUCCCCUGAAGAUCCUGGCCCAUAAUAACUUUGUAGGGCGUCUCAUUGGCAAGGAAGGACGGAACCUGAAGAAGGUAGAGCAAGAUACCGAGACAAAAAUCACCAUCUCCUCGUUGCAAGACCUUACCCUUUACAACCCUGAGAGGACCAUCACUGUGAAGGGGGCCAUCGAGAAUUGUUGCAGGGCCGAGCAGGAAAUAAUGAAGAAAGUUCGGGAGGCCUAUGAGAAUGAUGUGGCUGCCAUGAGCCUGCAGUCUCACCUGAUCCCUGGCCUGAACCUGGCUGCUGUAGGUCUUUUCCCAGCCUCAUCCAGCGCAGUCCCGCCGCCUCCCAGCAGCGUUACUGGGGCUGCUCCCUAUAGCUCCUUUAUGGCUCCCGAGCAGGAGAUGGUGCAGGUGUUUAUCCCCGCCCAGGCAGUGGGCGCCAUCAUCGGCAAGAAGGGGCAGCACAUCAAACAGCUCUCCCGGUUUGCCAGCGCCUCCAUCAAGAUUGCACCACCCGAAACACCUGACUCCAAAGUUCGUAUGGUUAUCAUCACUGGACCGCCAGAGGCCCAAUUCAAGGCUCAGGGAAGAAUCUAUGGCAAACUCAAGGAGGAGAACUUCUUUGGUCCCAAGGAGGAAGUGAAGCUGGAGACCCACAUACGUGUGCCAGCAUCAGCAGCUGGCCGGGUCAUUGGCAAAGGUGGAAAAACGGUGAACGAGUUGCAGAAUUUGACGGCAGCUGAGGUGGUAGUACCAAGAGACCAGACCCCUGAUGAGAACGACCAGGUCAUCGUGAAAAUCAUCGGACAUUUCUAUGCCAGUCAGAUGGCUCAACGGAAGAUCCGAGACAUCCUGGCCCAGGUUAAGCAGCAGCAUCAGAAGGGACAGAGUAACCAGGCCCAGGCACGGAGGAAGUGACCAGCCCCUCCCUGUCCCUUCGAGUCCAGGACAACAACGGGCAGAAAUCGAGAGUGUGCUCUCCCCGGCAGGCCUGAGAAUGAGUGGGAAUCCGGGACACCUGGGCCGGGCUGUAGAUCAGGUUUGCCCACUUGAUUGAGAAAGAUGUUCCAGUGAGGAACCCUGAUCUCUCAGCCCCAAACACCCACCCAAUUGGCCCAACACUGUCUGCCCCUCGGGGUGUCAGAAAUUCUAGCGCAAGGCACUUUUAAACGUGGAUUGUUUAAAGAAGCUCUCCAGGCCCCACCAAGAGGGUGGAUCACACCUCAGUGGGAAGAAAAAUAAAAUUUCCUUCAGGUUUUAAAAA